CACAAUAUAAUUUUUAAAGUUCAUUAUAUGUUGAAGUCCAAAUGCACCCUCCCCAAUCAAACUUCCCUUUAUUAUCACAUGUCAACCAUUGACUUUCAAAAUCAUUAGACCAUUUCUCUUUGUUCUAAAAACAUCAUGGCUAAAAACCAAACAAAAACCAAAACCACAAACACAAUAACACCCUCAAGAUUAUCAUGAAUGCCACAGCCUCCGGCCCGGAUCCGAAUUCCUCCGGUGACGGGUUCCUCGGGUCACAAAACUUUGGUGGAUUCGCCUAUGGCAUCGGAGUCUCAGCUGGCAUAUUGUUGUUGAUAACGACAAUCACCCUAACGUCUUACUUUUGUACGAGGCAUCAAACAACCGUGGAACGACCACAAAGGAGACAUAGGAAUAAUAAUGAGGAAUCACAAGUGGUAGUGGUCGUGGACGUGGAUGUGGACGUAGGGAUUGAUGAGGAAACCCUAUUGAGUUUUCCGAAAUUGUUGUAUUCGGAAGGUUAUAAGAAUAUUCACAAGGAUUCUACCGCGAGUACUUGUUGUUCGAUAUGUUUGGCUGAUUAUAAGAAUAGUGACAUGUUAAGGCAAUUGCCUGAUUGUGGCCAUUUAUUUCAUUUGAAAUGUGUGGAUCCAUGGUUGAGGUUACAUCCAACUUGUCCUGUUUGUAGAACAUCUCCAUUGCCAACACCACUAUCUACUCCUCUAGCUGAAGUUGUUCCUUUGGCAACUAGACCUAUUGGAUAAAGUGACAUUCAAAUUCAAUGUUUUUCGUAGGGUUUGAUAUCCAUUUUUGGGCUUCGAUUAGUCCAGAUUUGAGGCGAAAUAGCGUCUACCAACCACUUUUCGACCUUGUUUUCGAAAAAUAUUUAAUGUCAUGGGUUUCAAGUUCACAGGUGAAGCUCUAGGAAAAUUCAAUGAUUUGAAGGUCUUGUAUCCACUUUUGGGAUCGAUACUUUUUGGCUGGCCUUAUGUUUUGACAAAUAGUUAAUGUCAUGGGGUUUCAAAUUCAUAGGUGAAACUCUAAGACAUUAUCAUGGAGUUUUACUUGUGGAAUUCGAAAUUUCAUAAUAGUGGCUAUUUUUUCAAUUACAAGGACGGAAAAGUAGCUAUUUUGUGAAUUUUAUCCGGAUUCGUGCUGGAAAGUCCCAUUUUGAGCGUAAAAGUACUUGCUAUAGAAGGUGAUUCCCAUUCUUAGUACUCGAACGUGGAACUUCUGGUAUUUUUUCUUCUUUUAUGUAUAGUACUGUAGACUAACGAUCUCCUUUCUUCUUCUAAAUUAUACUAUGUA